AUGGCGGUGUUUCUCUUGCUACAGCAGUCGGUUGUGCGUGUCAAUGCCGAGACGACGACGACAACACCAACGGCGACCAACAAACCUCCUCGAACAAGAUUGCAAGGACGAUCUCCCAAGAACAAUCCACAACAGCAACCACAACAGCAACGACACUUUCAACACCGAACUCCCAAAACUCCUCCUACGACAGCCAAGAAGAAGACGAAGCAGUCAUCACCCAUGCAGGGAGUGUCCAUGCGAGGCGCUCACGAUGGAGAACACUUUAGUUUCCAAACCGCCGAUCCCGAAUUUAAGUGCUUUGAAUCCAAUACAGAAUUACGAGAUGCCGUCGUGCGGUACGAAUCCUACAAAGUCUUUGACGAAGCAUUGGCAACGACCUAUGGAUGGCCCAUUGGCAAUUGGUGUGUGUCGCACAUUACCGACUUUUCCAACAUUUUUCAACACAAACGCACAUUCAACGAUCCCCUUUCGGGAUGGGAUACCUCGCGAGCGACGUCCAUGCGGAACAUGUUUCAAGAUGCCCAACAAUUCGAUCAACCCCUGGGGCAUUUCAAUACUUCCGCCGUCGUAGAUAUGAGCAACAUGUUUGAAGCGGCGGUGCGAUUUUUAGGAGAUGGAUUGGAGGAAUGGAAUACGCAAGCGUGUCAAUCCAUGGACUUUAUGUUUAUGCACGCGCUCAAUUUUCAACAACCCGAUAUCCGUCAUUGGCGGGUCGAUAAUGUCGUGUCCAUGAAGGGCAUGUUCAAGGAUGCACGGUCCUUUUCGAGAGACCAGCAUUUGCAACUCUUGAGUCAAUGGUCCUUUCAUCCCAUGGUUGACAUGACACAAAUGGAUGCAUGGUGGUUGGAUGCUUCCAGUAGUACCUAUGGGAGGGAUGAAGUCAUUCAAAUAAUGACCAGCACGGCGGCCACCAAUGCGUUUGUGGGGGGUACGGAUACAACAGCAGCAACUAGUGCUAUUGCUGGGAGCAGUGGCAGGGGCACUUCUAGCUAUCUGAGACGGUAG